AUGCCAUUUCAGGGAAUAACUACGUGUGACAUGAACCCCCAGCGCACUGGAUGUGUACAUCUGCACAAGGCCUACAAGCAGCUCCAUAUCAGAAAAAGGAAGGCCAACCACGAAGAUAAAGGGAAGGGUUCUGACGGCGACGGGAUCCAGAACCGAAAACAAUUGGCGGAUAUCCGCCAAGCAUUCUUCUGCAAGGGCACCUUCGUCGGUCUUCGGGACCUGGUCGCGUUCGACUGGGACACGGGGGUCUUCUGCGAGGUGACAACCAGAGGCAGCUGCAGAUUCCGGACAUGGGCGUGCAGCACUUUGAGGACAGCGCCAUAA